AUGCUAGUCCCUAAAGAAGAGUUUUUAGCCGUAGAUGAACAAAUUAUCCCUACCAAAUGCCGUCACGAAUUAAAACAGUAUAACCCUGCUAAACCUCACAAAUGGGGUUACAAAAACCAAGUCCUGAGUGGCGUUAGCGGUUUUAGCUAUGAUUUUGAUAUAUUUGCUGGGGACCAAAGUAAUUCCUACCCUUCAGAUGCGCCAGAUCUUGGCGUAAGUUCAAAUGUUGUCACACGAUUGACAUCUACAGUUCCACAACAUCAAAAUUACAAAAUUUGUUUCGACAACUGGUUCAAUAGCCCAAAUCUUCAAGUAUAUCUUUACAAAAAAGGUCUACUUCCGUUAGGAACCGUGCGACUCAAUCGUGUUCCAAACUCCAACAUGCCUUCUGAAAAGGAACUAAAAAAGCGAGGACGCGGUAGCAUGGCAGAAAAAGUAGCAGUCAUAGAUAAAGUGAAGUUGAGCUUAGUUUCUUGGUUCGAUAACAAGAAUGUGAAUCUUCUUUUAGCCUACGUUGGAAGUGAACCCACAACAACAAAGCGGCGUUAUGUUCGCCAAGAUAAAGAAUAUGUUUACAUACCUUCACCCCAAGCUGUAGAUGUUUAUAACCAGCAUAUGGGAGGAGUGGAUUUACUAGAUUCUAUGCUGGGUUAUUAUAGAAUCCAUUUGCGGUCUCGUCAAUGGUACAAGAGGAUUUUUUUUCACAUGGUGGACAUGACACUUGUCAAUGCUUGGUUGUUAUGGCGCCGAAUCAAUGCUGACUCAUACAUGCCACUUUAUGAUUUCAAACUGGCCGUUUCCGAACAUUUGCGUAAAGCAGGAAAAGCAGUUAUGACCAAGAAACGUGGUCGUCCAUCGAGUAUUGUUGGAACUCCGACAUCCAGCCGGGGUGGCACUCCCUCCCGUAUUCCUGAAUCUCCAGUUCCCGCAAAAAAGACACGAAAAACGCCAGCUAGGCAUCAAGACUUGCCUUUGGCGUCCGUGCGUACCGAUGGGAUUGGCCAUUUUCCGAUUUGGAAGAAGAAUGCCCGACAAAUAUGCCAAAAUUGUUCUAAAUUUCGUUCUUUUACAUUAUGUGAAAAAUGUAAUGUUUAUUUGUGCUAUAAUGACAAACGCAACUGUUACAAAGAAUUUCACGAGGAAUAA